UAGAAAAUAAUAAGAACAAAAAUAACCAAAAGUUAGUUUUUAUAGUGUUGUUUUUGUGGAUAUUUGUCGUGACGUUAGCAUAAGUGAAAUUGCACGUGCCUUCUGUUUCAUAAGGAAAAACGCCUUGGUCACACCCUUCCCGGUCACCCCAUCACCCCCUCCACGCUCCUGUGCCCGCCAUGUUCUGGAGGAGGAGGAGGAGGAGGAGGAGGAGGAGAUUCGUGUAGUCUUGGCUGUAGCAGCCAUUAGCAUUAGCAUUACGUAGCUAGGCGGAGGCGCAACAAGCUCCUUGGACGCUGAAAUAAGUCUUCUUUUUUUCUCCAUUUGGGAAUAUCCCCAUUCAAGAUUCUGUUUUUUAAUUCCUGGAAUAACAUUAAAACUUCAAAGGAACUAAACAAUUUGGUGAUGGAGUGGGCAGGUUUACAGUCUGCACUGUUUGUGUGGAAAUGUUUUUAACACGAGCGAUAGGGGAGGACUCAAGAGCCCAGCACCGGAGAAGCCUCUUAAGCAUACUCUCAGCCUACUUUAAAGGAUAAACACAAAUGCGCUCACACCACCGCUGUGCAGUGAAAGAUCGCUCAAAGAAAGGACACGUGGACACAUAAGCUCUACGCAAGGAUACAGAGAUCUUCACUGACUUUAUUUUUUUUUACUUAAACACAAGUUCCCUUUUUUUCUGCAAGUUAUUUUUUUUCUCUAGUCUGUGUAAUUUUCACUACUGCCACCAUGCCAAGCACCAUUCGCCGGCAGAUGAAAAACAUGGUCAACAACUACUCUGACGCAGAGAAGAAAGUCAGAGAGGCCACCUCCAAUGACCCCUGGGGCCCGUCCUCCUCCCUCAUGUCGGAGGUGGCGGACCUGACCUACAACGUGGUGGCCUUCAGCGAAAUUAUGAACAUGAUCUGGAAACGCCUCAACGACCACGGCAAGAACUGGCGCCACGUCUACAAAGCACUCACCCUGCUCGAUUACCUGAUCAAGACGGGCUCGGAAAGAGUGGCGCUGCAGUGCAAAGAGAACAUCUUCGCCAUCCAGACUCUGAAGGACUUCCAGUACGUCGACAGGGACGGCAAAGACCAGGGCAUCAACGUCCGAGAGAAGAGCAAGCAGUUGGUCGUUCUUCUGAAGGACGAAGAACGCCUAAAAGCUGAGAGGUCUCAAGCUUUGAAGACCAAAGAGCGCAUGGCCCAGGUGUCCACAGGGAGCAGUCAGAUGGGCUUUGGCCGAGGCUCAUCCCAGCCCAACCUCUCCACGUCCUACAGUGAAGAGUACGGCAGAUCGGAGGGCUCGCCCGCCUCCUACCAUGGCUCUACAUCUCCGAACGCUGGGUCAGAACUGGAGCAGGCCCGACCCCAGACCAGCGGAGAAGAGGAGCUGCAGCUCCAGCUGGCUCUGGCCAUGAGCCGGGAGGCUGCAGAGCAGGAGGAGCGCAUACGUCGAGGGGAUGACCUGAGGCUACAGAUGGCUCUGGAGGAGAGUAAAAAAGAAGGACCGGGUUCUGCGAAGCUGGCCAAGAAAAAGAAAGAGCCUCAGUCCUCUUUGAUGGAUCUGAUGGAUGUCCCUGAACCCAGAGCCACUUCCGACCCGUGGGGCGCCAGGGCUGGAGCGGGAGGGGGAGGGGGUUCGGCUGACCCCUGGCAUGCUCACGGGUCUGCACCCAAACCAGCAACCUCAGUGGACCCAUGGGGGGCUUCUGCUUCAGUCCCUCCCAUGAAGAGCAGUGAUCCCUGGGCAGGGAACGCGGCUCCCGCCUCUGACCCUUGGAGUUCAGCAGCGACUCGCCCCAAGAUGACCAACACAGGUAGCUUUGACCUGUUCAGUACAUCCAAUGGUACAUCCAAAGAAGACUUCUCAGAGUUUGACAGCCUGCGCUCUUCCUCCUCUGUCCCCACUGGUGACGGGGGUGUAGCUUCCUCUGUCCCCUCCCAGGUCAGCUUAGCUAGCAGCGGCAGCCUGGACCUGUUCGACCCGCUCCCCACCUCCACCUCCAUCACCACCAAUCCAACCAGGAAGACUCCAGAGUCCUUCCUGGGACCCAACGCCGCCUUGGUCAACUUGGACUCAUUGGUGACCAAACCAGCCCAGCCGGCGCCGGUGGUGAACCCCUUCCUAGCUUCCACAGAUGUUUCUGCUCCAUCUGGGACUCCCCACGCCAACCCCUUUCAAGUGGGCCAGCCGGCUCCCCCUACCCUCAACCAGAUGCGCGUCAGCCCGAUGCCGUCCGGCUUUGGCGGCCUGGCAGACCCCAUGGCCCUCUCAUCCAUGCCGCCUCAGCCCAUCGCCAUGGUCCCCCUGCCUGGAAUGGCCCCCGCGGGGCGCGUGAUGCCCGGGAUGGGGGUCGGGGCCGGCUUAGGAACGACCGCGGGGAUUCCUGCCUCAAUGUCCAUGCCGCAGCCGCUGAUGAGCAUGCCGCCACAGGCCGGGGCCCAGCCCGCCGGAACCACCAACCCCUUCCUCUUGUGAAAGGAGGUGCAGAGAAGCCGGCGCUCUCUGAUCUUUGAGAAACUCGGACACGGAGAUUUCCUCAUUUAUCCACUUAUAACUCAGUCCUAACCAGGUUCCAGACACUCCCCUCCUGCAGCACCUUCCUACGCUACAAGCUGCCGGUCCCGUGUGGGACCUGAAGAUGGCGCUGCCCCCACAGUCUAGAUCUCUAUGGAGACGGGACGGGACCCGGAUCUCAUCCAUUCAAGUUUACUCCUCUCCUCCGUGGAGGAACGUCUAACUGUACUAACGUCAGGAUCCUCACUCGAACUAAUCUUUUCUAAGCCCGUCAGCUGGUGUGCGUCUGCAUGUGUGCGUGCACACCUCCAUGCUUUUUACACUGUUUAUUCCGGCGAGUCCGCCCACCGGAUCCAGGACUCCGGAUUCCCGUGUGAACGCGCGACUGUGACAAAGCAGGAAUUUUUGCACAAUUUUUGCUUUUACUUUUCUACUCCUCCCCGUGACUGUUGAGCUCACCGUUACACCUUAGCUUAAGAGGACGACGGCGGCGGCGGCACUGUCAUCACCUUCCUCCUGACGGCUCACACGGACUCUGGGAUCAAAGACUCGUCAUUCCUUUGUGUGUUUGUGUGUAGGUCAGAUACUAACAACUGUACGCUCGCUAACACGUUUCCCACUGUCUCCCACCUGUUUCUAAAGGAAACGACAGUAUUUCUGCUUCCUGGAAAAAGGACGAACGGAUGCAGCAAGGCAUUGUGGGAUCAUUUGUUUUACAUGUGUCUGUAGGGUCAAAGGGAUUAGGGAGGGUUUCUAUGUGUGCGGACGAUACAUGCAUUUAGCUUCCAAGUGUACUUUCAAAACAGAUCUUUCUUUUUGUAAGUUGAAAAAUAGAAGCGCCGCUGGAAAGGAGCAAAGUUAGUGAUAAGCAGCCUUAAUACACAUCUAUGUGUGUGUGUGUGUGCGUGUGUGUGUGUGCGCCAUUCAUCAAGUAGGCACCACUGAAGUGACUUGGUUGGAGUCCAGGGUUUUUUAAGGGCAUGUCAGGAAGGAGUUUACCUGGUAAGGGAUUUGCUUCAGCAACACACACAAAUACACACACAUGCAUAUAAACACACACGCAAAUGCACACAAACAACAUACAAGUACACAAACACGUACACACAAGUGUACAAACAAACAGAUACAAACGCAAACACGCACACACGAAAGUAUACAAACACAUACACACAAGUAUAGAAAAUAGAGACACAAUAAAGUAUACAAACACACAAAUGCUUACCAACGCACACACACAAGUAUACAGAUGUAUACAAAAGUAUACAAACACACACACCAACUCUCAAAACGCAUGCCAACAUACACAUGUAGAAAUAUACAGACACAAUUACACACACACCCACACACAUAUGCAGAAAUACACACACACACACAAAAGUAUGCAAUCACAAACACACACAAAUACAUAAGCACACAUUCACACACAUACAUGCUAACACAAUCACUCUCAUAAUCACACAAACAGGGCGCUUCCAUGAUCUGUUUAUUGAUUGGACGGAGGAUCCCACAGUAAACACAGACCAGCUGUUUUACUUUCGUCAGAUGUACAUUUAUAGUUGUUUUUUUUUUUUAGCUGUGCAAAGCCGUUUGUCGUCUUGAUUGUGUCUCUUUUGUGUACUUCUGUUUCACUCCAUGGGUAGACCGUGUAACACUCUUCUCUUAGAAGCACAACUAUUUACCAAAGUCGAAGCGACUGUGAUUUCCAAGGACGCCUUGUGUAGAAAACACUACAACAGCUAGGACCACAACUCACUGACGCUUUUCUGUUUGUUUCUGGAUUUAAAUGCACAUUUUAGUAAAUACCAGAGUAUUUAAUACGUCAGAGCGCACCAGAUCCUGACAGGUGGAGCAUCUCCACCGUUGAUGGUGCUGGAGUCGUUCUGCACCUGUUGUGUUGAGAGUCGGCGCUGUGUCUUCAGUUGGAGCUGCCAGCAUCUACGUCUCUCUGGGUGUGGUUUGGCGCCCCCUCGUGGUUACCUGUGCUAUUGUAUAUAGAUAUUUUUAGGCUAAAAAUGAGGGAUCGCUGCAGCGGUGCUUGAUUUUGACCCUGCAGUGAAUGUUUUUCAUCCUGACAAAAACAUAUGCAAAUAUUUGAGUAGGAAAAACAAAAUUGUUUUUCAAAAUAAGAUUUCCUGAAAAGAUGUUUGUGCUUCUGGGAUAAACAGAGGAAGCAACUUUACUACGCAGUAACACUUCAAUGAUCUUUUUUUUUAGUCUUGAGCAGAUUAAAUGUUGCAUUCGUUUAUUCAAUGACAGAUGAUAGAAAAUAAAGCCUAAAUGUAGUGA